AAGAGUGGGCUAGGUCAGGUGACUUUCAAGUCCUUGACCACACCCCCACACCCCCCACACCCCAGAUUUCCCAGAGAAGUGGAACUGAUGUGGCUCAGGGCACUUCCAGCUCUGAACACACUGUACAGUACCUAUCUUCUCCACUGCCUCCUACUCCUACUUCAGACCUGUCCUAGCACCUGCUCCCAGCAUUCCCUGCCAGGUGUCCCCCAGGCAGCUUUGCUGUCCCCCCACAUUGUGUCUUCCCUGCCUCUGACUACAUACACCCUGUUAUAAUCACCUGUUGGCUUCUGUCUCCCCUGAUCCAUGAGGGUUCAGAACUUUUCUUACUCAUCUGUGUAUCUCCAGGGUCUGUGUAUCCCUAGCAUAACAAAAGGGAAUUUUGCUUGAAUAAAUUUUGCUGUCUGUAGGUGUUCUGGUCUGUGACAAAAGGUAUGCAGCUGUUUUGAGCUCCUGAGGUGGCUGGCCCAUGCCCAAGGAUGACAGAAGGAACCAGUUGUGGAAACUUCCAAAGUGAUUAAUUAUCCACUGGAGACAUUCCAUUCAUGCCAGCUGCUUUACCAACUGAACUCAGAGAAGGAAUGAUGGGCAACCCCCCCCUUCUCAUACCCACAGAUAGAGCUCGAAGCUUCUGUUAGUCUAAUGAGUGCAAUGCCAUGUAUAAAUGGAGUUUCACAGGCUAUUUAUGCCCAUUCAUUUUUGUAUAUUAAUCUUUUGGGAGCAUUUUACUGUCAACACAUAGCCUUCUGAAAUUCUAACAGGAGAUAUCUGGAUAGUGGAAUUCAAAAUGAGUUUUACUUUCUAUUUGGUAGUUUCAGCAUUUUGCAUUGAGCAAAUACCACUUGCAUAUGAAGGAGAUAAAAAGCUAAUUUUGUUUUUAAAUUCUUCAACAUAAUUUUUAAAUAACUGCUCAGAUUUCCAUCUUGAAGCUAAUAUUGUAAUUUACCUGACCAGGCAGGAGAACAUCGUGGUUCAGAUGUUUUGUCAAAAUGUGGCCCCACAGACAUCUACCCAUAAGCACUCAGAGUAUUUGCUGAGAACCAACACAGCCUUUCCAGAAAGAUGUGUGGUUCUGGGUACUUGAUCCCUGAGUGACCUUGGGCAGAUCAGUGGACCUUUCUGUGCUUUCCUUGUCAAUUUUAAAGGAGUCAAUAAUAGGCAACUGCAGAGAUGUUGGGAGAGUGACUCAGAUAAAGGACAGAAGGUGGCAGGCACGGUGCAAGCCCAUACAGGCUCUGGGAGAACGCACAGCUGCGUGACUAUUUUGUUCAAUCAGAUAUUUUUACAUUCCUCCUCCCUCCUGCAAAUCCAGGAGCCCGGCCCCUGUGUAGGCACAGGUGGGAGUUAGUGGCACAAGUCACACCCUUUGGGAACUGAAAGGUGUGUUUACUGAGUAAAAUGGCCAGCUCUACCAGACCCAAAGCCGCAGUGUCCAGGUCUCAACACAGGGAUUGAGACAUACAUGGACGAUAAUCCCCCACUCAGCCCACAAACAGGCAUAUUCAUUUUUUAAAAAUCUUUUUCUUCAUCUUUUACUGGGUUUUCAGGUAGGAGUUGAGUUCAAGCUGGGAGCCUGCCUGCUUCCCAGGGGCCUGUGAAACCCCUGGUGAGGCCAACCCAGGGGAAGAGUUCUGAAUCCAGGCCCCACUUUACAAAUGAGGAAACUGAGGUCCAAAGGGGUCUUGCCUCAAGUCAGUAGCUCAAGGUCACACAGCUGUUCCUUGUAGAGCUAGGAAUGAGAACCAGGAUGAGCAGCUUUAGAAUCUGUAUCCUGACUGCUAGGUUUUGCUGCCUCUGUUCAAGCUGUAACAAAGAGAAUUGGAAUCCCUUGAAGGGGGCUUGUUAAAAUCAAGCAUCUCCUCUGCCUCCUGCGCCUCUGCCCCUGGAUUCCAGUGGAGGAGUCUGAGGAGGUCCAGACAUCUGCAUUUUAAAUAAGGCCUUGGAUAUCCUAAGGAGGCACUGCUGUCCCUCUUCUCUAAGCCACUUGCCAGUGUGAGGCACAAGUCUGUCCUGUGUGUCCCAGGCCAGGGCACGUUCCACCACACCCAGUCGCUCACCUGGAACUUAAUCUGUGUGGAUCCAGGUAUAACAUUGCCACUCAUCCAAACCUGUUUCCCACUCCAGUGUUCUCCCCUUGCCCCUUCCUCUUUGCCUUUAAUGUGUUCUAGCUGAGAUCUCCUGGGCCCUGAACUUUCUUCAAAAUCCCCAGAUUGGUUCUUGUCUGCUUUCCUGUUUACUCUAUUUGGAGCAUCGACUGAGAACAGCCAGACUUCACACAAUGUCUUGGACAAAUCCCUUUCCCUCUUGGGACUGUCCUUCUUAAAUGGGAAAUUCAAUGGGGUGGAGUGGAGUUGGAGUUGGACUGAGUUUUGCAGAGCUCAGACCUCUGUCCCUUCUUCACCCAGUGACUUAUACAGUGGAGUCACAAGGAAGAUUUUAUUUGCCCGUGUUGUCUGGGGAAAAAAAAAAAAAAGUUGAAAACCAGUGGACCAAAAAUUCUCCGAGGAUACUUCUACCUCUGACACUUGAGGAUUCUAAUAUUUGGCCUUUGUCUUAGAAGGCAAAGUCUCCCACUGGCUGAUCCCAGUGCAGCCACAUCUCUUUGGCUGGGUGGCCCUGGCAGUGUCUGCAGGGUGGCUUCGGCUACCUGAGGGCCUUCCCUUCCUUGAGAGGGUGAUCCAGAGAGCCUUAGUUUGGCCUUAAGCCUGGCUGGACAUUUAAAAUCUCCACCCAUCUUCCAUCUUAUCUUCUUUUCUUGGAGACUGGGAGGCUCAGAGUGUCCUGGAGUGCACAGAGCUUGAGAACCAGCAAGCCUCAGCUUUGAAAUCCAGCUCUGCCUCUUCCUAGCUUCAUGACCUACAGAUUACUUAACUGCUAUGAGACUAGCUUCCCCAGUUUUCCUUCCUGUAAAAUUGGCCUAAUUGUCCCUAUUACACAUAGGACUAUUGUGAUGCUGACAUAAGAUAAUGGGUUAAAAGCCCUGGAUGCCUCUCUGAACAGGGAUGGGUCAAUAGGCACUGUGUGGCCAGUGCUUUCACUUUCAGGCCUUCCUGUAAGGCCGAGAAUGCAUACGGGACAGAACCAUUAUCCCUUCUCUCUAAUCCUGGACACAGAGCUGGGCUCAGUAAACAGUGACUGAGUGGGCAGAUGUGGUAUCCAGAUUAAAGACAGCUGCCCCUGCCCUACCCCAUGACAAACACCACCAGAUCCUAGACCCACCAUGACAAAAAGGACCCACGUCACCUUGAGGAGGCCAUACUGCAGCUGAGCAGAGGGCUCAGACCCAAGGAUGCAUUUCAUCUUCUCAGACGAGGCUGUGCUUCUGUUUGAUUUCUGGAGUGUCCACAGCCCUGCAGGCAUGGCCCUUUCUGUGCUGGUGGUUCUGCUCAUGGCUGUGCUGUAUGAAGGCAUCAAAGUUGGCAAAGCCAAGCUGCUCCACCACACUCUAAUGAACCUGCCCACUGCCACCAGCCAGCAGCUCAUCUUGGAGACAGACCAGGAUUCUGCAGGCACAGGCUCAGACUCAUCCCCAGUCAGCAGCACCAACCUCAGGUGGUUUUUGUGUCACUUUGGCCAGUCUCUAGUCCAUGUCAUUCAAGUGGUCAUUGGCUACUUCAUGAUGCUGGCUGUAAUGUCCUACAACAUCUGGAUUUUCCUCGGUGUGGUCCUGGGCUCGGCUGUGGGCUACUACCUAGCCUACCCACUUCUCCGCCUGGUUUAGCUGGUGAAGGAUUUGCAGGCACUCAGGGCUGGAGGGAGCUGGGCACCUUCUUCCAGGCAUUGUACUUCAGUGGAUUUUUCUCCUGGUGGCCAUUCCUCACCUCCUUUUCAGCUCCUGGCAAAUUGGAGCUGAAGCCAGCACUUGUUCCCUGGAGUUCAGAGGCCACUGAAGUCACCCUCUCCUCGGCCAGCCUGCACAGGGCUGGGCCUAUUCUGGUGCCUUAAGAAGGCUGCUGUGACCAAUGGAGAAAGAAAGCAGAGACUACAGCCUGGGGACAGGGUUGCUGAGCCUAGACACACCCCUGUGACGCAGGAAUAAGAAUUUCCAAAGAUCUUCAGGACAGGGAGGUGGGAUCUGGGUGAGGAAGGCCACAGAACCUGGAAACCCUCUCUCUGCUUUGUGCCUUAUCGACAGGAGCAUCUUUCUGGACUUCUGUCUUUGGGGGACAGAGACCAAAAUAGCUCCUUUUUAUGACCUUCGUGCCUUUGGAACACAUAGUUUGUCCACAUGAUCCAUAGAAUAGACUAAGACUUUUACAUUUUUCCCACUGAACUCCUGAUUAGCACUUUUGCACAUUCAUACAAAACAAAGUUUUUCAAAGAAAUUAUUUCAUCUUAUUCAUGAUGUAAGGCAGCAACCGCUGAGACCUGCCUCCCUUUCUUGGGGAGAGAAUAAGUGACAACUGAUUAAAGGCAGCUGGUUUGUCCUCUGGAUGGACUGAGCUCCUUCCACCCGACAGCACUGCCCACAGGGGAGGGUGAUCUAAUGGCCGAGGUGUCUGGGAGCGCCUCAUGACCUCAAUGUCCCCCCCUUUUAAUCUGGAUCCUCUUUUAUCACUUACUACCCACUCAUAGAGACCUGUGGGGAAACAAAUUCAGUUACUGAAAAUACAGGUUAAGCCUAAGGGGACAUCGACUGGAUGCAGGGAGCAGUCAAACCAAAGCCAGUGCAUUUUUAGUUAGACAAACUCUGGAUAUUUUAACCUCUUCACUUUACAGAAAAGAAAAUCUUUUUAUCACUUUACAGGGAGAGAAAAUCGCUGCUGUGGACUAUAAUACCCAUGUUCAAGUACCUCACAGGCUAGAUGAAAAGAUGUCUUAAGCUUUGGGAAUUAAAAACAAUUACAUUUUAAUAAAUACAUAUUUUUAAACA